CCCCUCCCUUCCCCCAGGUAUAAUAGCUGAGCUCAGGUGAGCUAGUUCCUCCUGUCCAGUCUCAGCGGCUGCCAACAGGCAGAUCAUGAGCCAUCAGCUUCCUUGGGGCAGGCUGUAAGACAACACAACUCUCACCAAAGGACCAAGUGCACCAUGGGACAGUGUCGGUCAGCCAACGCUGAGGAUGCCCAGGAAUUCAGUGAUGUGGAGAGGGCCAUUGAGACCCUCAUCAAGAAUUUCCACCAGUAUUCCGCAGAAGGUGGAAAGGAGAUGCUCACUCCCUCUGAGCUACAGGACCUGGUCACCCAGCAGCUGCCCCACCUCAUGCCGAGCAAUUGUGGGCUGGAAGAGAAGAUUGCCAACCUGAGCAACUGUAAUGACUCUAAACUGGAGUUUGGGAGCUUCUGGGAGCUGAUUGGAGAAGCAGCCAAGAGUGUGAAGAUGGAGAACCCAGUCCCAGGAAGUUGACAUCCUCCUGGAGUUAGGGGUGGGGUGGGGGGGGGGAGAAGUUGGGGGAAAAGGGAACCUUAGAGACCAUGGACCUGGAAAUAAAAUUUCUAUCCACUAUCACUACACUAUUCCCCAGCUGGCACCUCUCCUCAUCUCUGCAAAGUCCAAGGUCAUAACAGCCUUCCCCAGGAGCUCUGUGCACUCCAUUGAGGUGCUCUAUCAUGCUUUAUGGAGCUCAUGGCUCCAGGAGUCUGCAUCCCGGGGAACCCUAAGGGACAGGUUGGGACUGGGAAGCACAUGGAGGGAUGAGGAUGGUAUAAGGGCCCAGUGGUUUGGUAGUAGGGGCAUGGUGAGAAGAGCUGAGUUAUGGGAAAUGAUUUGAAGAAAGGGGCUGGGAAUGUGGCUAGAUAUUUGGUACUAUAAAGGGUCUCUGAGACCCUUCCCUUCCUAAUCGUUUCUCCAACCACCACUGUAGCUGUCUAUCCCAUACUAUUCCUUCUUACUCCCAAUUCGGUCUUAUCCUCCUCAUAGUGCUCCUGAACAAGGGCAGGGGAAGAAGGAGAGCAGGGUUAGGGAAGAGGCUGAGAAGGGUGUGAUUCUGGGAGUAAGAGAACCCAGCUGGGUGCUUGGGCAUUUGCAGGAUGAUGGUUGUUUUGUAUCAUUUGAUUAAUAAAAAAAAA